AUGUCUGAUAGAGAUUCAAAGUUUACUUUAAGAUUUUGGCAGAGUUUGCAACAGGCUUUGGGGACUGCAUUGAGGUUGAGUAGUGCAUACCAUCCACAGAUGGACGACCAAUCAGAAAGAACGAUACAGACCUUGGAAGAUAUGCGCAGAAUGUAUGUCCUAGAUUUUCAGGAGAAUUGGGAAACUUAUCUACCACUGGCCAAGUUUGUGUACAAUAACAGCUACCAUUUGAGUAUCGGGAUGGCUCCUUACAAAGCUUUGUACCAAGAAAAUGCCAAUCUCCGAUUUGACUAUUUGCGAGAUCUACAUCAUGUCAUUGAGCCAACACGUGUACUUCUAAAAGAUUAUUACAUGUAUGAAGAACGACCAAUCCAAAUUGUGAAUCGCCAAAUCAAAAUUGAGAAACAAGGAAAUUUCAUUAGUGAAAGUAGAUUGGCAAAAUCAUGGAGGGACGUAAUUCGAGGAGGACCAAACUCUGUAAAUGGAGAAGACUAUAACAACCCCGACCUAUGA